CAGUACUUCAAUCUCAUAUUCCCCAUGUAGAGUAGGAGCUAUAUCCAUUAGCCCCCCUCUCUCUCUCGCUCCUCCAGCUCGGUGUUGCUCUCUCGCCGUUUCGCCCAGCUUCGAGUGUCAAUACUAGGCCCUAGCGGCAGCUUGCGAUCUUGCUUGGUUCGCGGGGAGGGAUCGAUCGAGGAUGUCGGAUCACAUGGAUUCCGGUAUAAAGCUCUUCGGCCGGGUGAUCCCGUUGCUUCCUGAGGCUGCGCAGCCUGGGUCGCCGGAAGCGGGGGUGCCGGCCGGCUUUGAACACCCGCCGUCGCCGCCUCCGGAGUCGGAGACACCGGCGCUGACGGAGGCUGAGCCACAGGAUCAUAAGGAUCAUCACAAAGAAACAGAAGACAAAGGUGAUACUGAAAUGAGGGUUGAUGUGCCAGAAGAGAAAGAACUAAGAGAGAAAACUGACAUUGAUAUGGAGGUUGAUGCACCACAAGCGAAAGAAAAUUCAGAAACAGCCGGUUCAUCGGCCUUUGACCACAAGAAAGAUGACUCUGCCCAGAUAAGCAAUUCUGACGAGAAAGCAGCAUCAGAACCGAAGGAUGAGAAUGAGAAGACAUCAAAUGACGAAUCAGGCCAGGAUAAGGUGCUCAAGAAGCCAGAUAAGAUUAUACCCUGCCCUAGGUGCAACAGCAUGGAUACAAAGUUUUGUUAUUACAACAACUACAACAUCAAUCAACCUAGGCACUUCUGUAAGAAUUGCCAAAGGUACUGGACUGCAGGGGGGACUAUGAGGAAUGUACCUGUCGGUGCUGGGAGGCGCAAAAGCAAGAAUUCACCGUUGCACUACCGCCAGCUGUUGAUGGGCCCUGAUUGUUUAAUGGGGUCUAGACUGGACAUCUCCAACACACUGAAUCCAGAAGCCCUCGCGUCUCUGCCUUCUAUCCAGGCGCAGUCAACCAGUCGAAAUGAAACAGUUCUCAAAUUUGGGCCUGAGGUGCCACUUUGUGAAUCAAUGGCAUCUGCGCUGAACAUUGAAGAGCAGCAUAUCGCCAAUGCUGGACCUGUACCAAGAGGUGAAACUAGGGAAGAUAACUCCUGUGUGUCUUCUACCACAACAAAUAACGGGUUACCUGCCACCGCGGUCCACGUUGAUAAGAACGGAGCACCUGUUUACUGUAAUGGAGUUGGCCCGGUGCCUCAGUAUUACCUUGGAGCUCCUCCUUUCAUGUACCCUUGGGGCAUGGGAUGGAACAACCUUCCUGUAAUGAUGCCAGGUGGAAGUAUGCCCGAGUCUGCUUCUCCAUCAGAAAGCUGCAGUACAAGUCCAGCUCCAUGGAUGAACUCUCCCAUGAUGCCUGGCUCAAGAUUUCCUGCACCAGCAUUUCCGUAUCCUCUUGGUCCGCCUGCCCUCUGGGGUUGCUUACCAAGCUGGCCAGCCACGGCAUGGAACACACCUUGGAUGGGAACCAACGGGUGCAUAUCGCCGUCUGGGUCAAGCAACAGCAGCUGUUCAGGUGGGUCUCCUACCUUGGGGAAGCAUUCCAGGGACUCCAAUCCACUGAAGGACGACAAGGAGGAGAAAUCACUGUGGGUUCCCAAGACGCUCCGCAUCGAUGACCCCGAUGAGGCGGCGAAGAGUUCCAUAUGGGCAACUCUCGGCAUCAAACCUGGCGACCCUGGCGUCUUCAAGCCUUUCCAGUUCAAGGGUGAGAGCAAGGGCCAGCCAGCAGACGCACGUCCUGCUCGUGUUCUACAGGCAAACCCCGCAGCGUUUUCUCGGUCGCAGUCAUUCAUGGAGAGUUCUUAAACUCAUGCCUGUUGCUUAUGUUAUACUAGCUUUUUUGGCAACAUGGCUUGUACUGUAGUAAAUUGUACAUAUAAUAUAGCUUCGCGGUACAUGAAAAGAUCAAAGGAGAGCUUUUUGAAUAGCCACUAACCUGCAGUGGAGCUUGCAAAGAGCUUUCAUGAGAACUUCCUUCGGGGUGUGUAUUGUAAAUACUUGACAGGUUAUGUAAAACUGUACUUAGGUGUAGUCAGGUGUACGCUCACCUGGUUUGCCCCUCCUAGUAUACAGGUGCAAGUUGUAAACAGUUAACAUUGAUAUUGACGACAACUAUUCAUCGUAUCAAAUAAAUGUUUGAGAUGCCCAGCAUCGUUACCCCUUUCCA